UUGGAAAUCAAGGCUUCUAUGCAAUCUUAAAAGGCUCUGCUAAACCCCGAACAAAAUUUUACAAGAGAAUGCUGGCAGAAGAUUUUGAUUCUUUGUCUGUAGAGCCAUCUACUAUUAUUCCAUUUGGUUUAUCAGCUCGGACAUUGCUUGUUAGUGGAAGCUGUUUUGGGACUUUGGAAUUACUCCCACCAAAAAUGCAGCACAUGCUGAUGUCUGUCAUUACAGAAGAAGACUGUGAAAUUCUUAAAAUUUCUUCCACUGAUUACCUGAGAGUAAAAGAGGAAAUAGCUAAGCGUGGACAAGUUGCCAAAGAAGACUUAAUUCAUGGUUGUAGCUAUUAUUGCAAGUGGCCAAUGCUAUAUAUAUCACAGUUAACACCGAAUUUGCAAUGGAAGCAAUAUCUUGCAGGCCAAGGUUGGUUGGUUUCAUUCUAUUUUUAUUCUGUUGCAUUGUAGAUUUUAAAAAGCAAAACCCCUCCUCCCACCUGUUUUGGAGGGUUUUUUUUUUUAGCACAAAUGCAAUAUAGUAAUAGAUUGUAUAUCAUUAAGGAGGAUUCCUG